ACAACAGAGAGCGGUGAAGAAGCUAGCUGUUAGCAUCGCAGGACGAACACCUUCUCCAGGAAACAGAGAGCGUUAAUAUAAGCUCAGAUACCGGAGGAACCCUCUCCAGAAGCGGGGCCCCGACACCGCAGAGAUGCCUGAGACUGAGAGUUACUCCAACCCUCUGGCCCCCGAGGGCCACGAGCCGGACGACCAGCGCUCCGCCGCGCAGUCCAAACUGACCAAUGACGACUUCAGGAAGCUCCUGAUGACGCCGCGGGCGACGCCCUCCUCGGCCCCGCCCUCUAAAUCCAGACACCUUGAAAUGCCGAAGGACUACAACGAGGACGAGGACCCUGCAGCUCGGAGGAGGAAGAAGAAAAGCUACUAUGCUAAGCUACGUCAGCAGGAGCUUGAGAGAGAGGCAGAGCUGGCCGAGAAGUACCGUGACCGGGCGAGAGAGAGGAGAGACGGAGUCAACAAGGACUACGAGGAAACGGAGCUCAUUAGCACCACCGCUAACUACAGAGCUGUGGGACCCACCGCUGAGGCGGACAAGUCGGCAGCAGAGAAGCGAAGGCAGCUGAUCCAGGAGUCUAAGUUUCUGGGAGGAGACAUGGAGCACACUCACUUGGUGAAGGGGCUGGACUUCGCCCUGCUGCAGAAGGUGAGAGCUGAGAUCACCAGUAAAGAGAAAGAAGAAGAAGACAUGAUGGAGAAAGUCCAGAAGGAGACCAAGAAAGACGUGGAGCCGGAGGAGAAGAUCGAGUUUAAGACUCGUAUGGGCAGGAACAUCUACCGCGUUGUGUUCAGGACCGGCGGGCUGGAGAGGAACGAGCUGUUCCUCCCCGGCAGGAUGGCCUACGUUGUGGAUCUGGACGAUGAGUUCACUGACACCGACAUCCCCACCACGCUGAUCCGCAGCAAGGCCGACUGCCCCAGCAUGGAGGCUCAGACGACGCUCACCACCAACGACAUCGUGAUCUCCAAGCUGACGCAGAUCCUCUCGUACCUCCGGCAGGGAACACGGCACAAGAAGAUCAAGAAGAAGGACAAAGGAAAACUGGACGAUAAGAGAGCUCCAGAAGCUGAUAUCAGUAUCUUCGAGGACAUCGGGGACUACAUCCCGUCGGCCGGCUCCUCCAAACCUCCCAAAGACAAAGAGAGACACCGAGAGAGAGACAGGGAGAGAGAGAGGGAGAGAGAGAGGGAGAGGGACAGGGAGAGAGAGAGAGAGAAAGAGAGAGAGGAGGAGAGCAAGAUCAGAGCGAGGCACAGCUACUUCGAGAAGCCAGAGGCCGAGGAGACCACGGUCGUGGAGCUGGACGAAGGGCCCGGCUCGGUGAGGGAUCAGAUAAAGAUCAUCAAUGAGAAGUUUGCAGGAGCAGCAGGAAGCGAGUGGCCCGGACACACUCCGAAGGGGAAGGAGCAGCUGGGAGACUUCUUUGGAGGAUCGAACUCCUACGCUGAGUGUUACCCUGCUACGAUGGAUGACCUGGCAGUGGACAGUGAUGAGGAGGUGGACUACAGUAAGAUGGACCAGGGUAAUAAGAAAGGUCCUCUGGGUCGCUGGGACUUUGACACUCAGGAGGAAUAUUCUGAUUACAUGAACAACAAGGAGGCGCUGCCCAAGGCUGCCUUCCAGUACGGCAUCAAAAUGUCUGAAGGCAGGAAGACGCGUCGCUUCAAAGAAACGAACGAGAAGGCGGAGCUGGACCGACAGUGGAAGAAGAUCAGCGCUAUCAUCGAGAAGAGGAAGAAGAUGGAGGCUGACGGGGGGGACAUAAAGAGGCCGAAAUACUGAAGCAUCUCGUCCGUCAGAUCUUCUUCACGAGUUUAGAUUAAAUAUUUUAAAGUUGUUUCAACACUUCGUAUUAUUCAUGUGUAAAUCUGAUGAUCAAUAAACAUCAACAAACAUCAA